AUGAUUAUUUUUAAGAGAAUAUCUCUUCAGAAUACCGGUGUCUUAGGUGAACCGAUUGAUAAACGUCAAUAUGGAGGCAAUGGACUGAAGUUUGUUGUGAUAUACGCAGAAAGUAUUCGAAGGCACCGAUUAUUUCAUGAUUUCAAGAGGGAAGUAAUUGAGGUAGCUUUUCGAUUCUGGGAGAGAGCAUUGAGUGUAAGAAGACCACCAAACAGAAAGCUGCUUGCAGAAAGAGGAUGUGUUGAACAAUCAUUCUUCCGAGAUUUAACAACGGGUAAAAUAUUUUGUAAAUCACAAUGUAAACCAAAAGCUACAUGCUACGACCAUCCAAUUCCAGAUGAAUAUGCCUCGGAUGAAACAAUGGCUGGUGAGACAGGAGUGAAAAGUGUACUUUCAGCAUUAACGUUGGCAUUCUUCACAGAUUCAGGGUAA